AUGUCUGCUCCCAAUUUGAAUGCUCCCGUCGCUUCUGCUGCUCUGGCGCCGGCUCCCGUACAGACGAUAACUCCACGCCAGGCGGCGAUGGCCCGCCGCGUUGCUCCGGCAGCCGGAUUGACUGCUGCUCACGUGAGCAACCGCCUUUUUUCAGCUCGGAUGAGGGACUCGUUUGCAGGCGGACAUGUUGGUGUUCAUGUCGCAAUCGCACGGAGCCGGAUUCGAUCAGCUCAUGCAGUACGCCGAAUCGGUCGGAAUAAAAAGAGACCAAGUGUCGUACAUCGCGUUCGCACUCGCCGCGUUCUACCUCGUUUUCGGAUCGGCCGCCCGUCUAUUCUGCAACCUUAUCGGAUUCGGAUAUCCAAUGUAUGCUUCUGUUAAGGUAAUCAGAGACUGUGCAGCGAGUGGAAGGCAAUUUAAUUCAGGCGAUUCGGACGAAGGAGACUGACGACGACACGGUCUGGCUGAUCUACUGGACGUGCUUCGCCGUGCUCUGCCUGGUCGACUUCUUCUCCGAAGCGAUCUUCUCCUUCUUCCCCUUCUACUACAUUUUCAAGGCGAUCUUCCUUGUCUACCUGUACCUCCCGCAGACCGGAGGAGCCGCCAUGUUCUACGAGGUCGUCGUCGAUCCGCUAGUCGUUUUUCUCGACAGGAACAUCGAGAAGUUCAACAAGAAGGACUAG